AUGAAUGCGGACGAUUAUGAGACGUUGCCUACAUCCUCUGUAGCUGUACACAUGACAGCAGGUGCAUUCGCAGGAAUUAUGGAACACUGUGUGAUGUAUCCGCUUGACAGUGUUAAGACAAGAAUGCAAGCAUUGACACCGGGUUCAGGAGGAGGGGGAGGUGGAGUAGGGACAGUUCUGAGUAGAAUGGUACAACAAGAAGGUUUUUUGAGACCAAUUCGUGGUAUGAGUGCAAUGGUUGUAGGAGCUGGUCCAGCACAUGCAUUGUACUUUUCAUGCUAUGAAUUUGUUAAAAAUAAGCUUUUAAGUUCAAGAACACAUCCUGAAUUAAAUUUAGCUGCAUAUGGAACUGCUGGUUGUGUGGCAACACUUCUUCAUGAUGGUAUAAUGAAUCCAGCAGAAGUGGUUAAACAGCGAUUACAAAUGUAUAACUCUCCUUAUCGAAAUGUUAUGACAUGUAUAACGAAUAUAUACCAAAAAGAAGGUGCAUAUGCAUUCUAUAGGAGUUAUACGACACAGUUAACUAUGAAUGUGCCUUUUCAAAUGAUUCACUUUAUUACUUAUGAAAUUGCACAAGUAUUCACGAAUCCUGACCACAUGUAUAAUCCAAUAGCACAUAUGAUGUCAGGUGCAUUAGCAGGAGCUGUUGCUGCUGCAGUUACAACACCUUUAGAUGUUUGUAAAACACUUCUAAAUACACAAAGUGGUGUCCAGGUUCAAGGCAUGAUAGAUGCUAUUAAAACAGUUUAUAGAUACGGAGGUUUACGUGGUUAUUUCCGUGGUUUAAAUGCUCGUGUUCUUUAUCAAAUGCCAGCAACCACAAUUUGUUGGUCAACAUAUGAAUUUUUCAAAUAUAUACUACAUGAAAAACAAGACGAUGGAUAUCGCGGACCAGAAGUUGACAAUGAUUCUACAAGUGGAAUUAAUCAAAUCCAAGGUUCUUCUAGGUCUAGUCGUUUCCAAGAUAUGAGCGAUUAUCUUAAUAAAAACGCCCCAACUUCAGUGUUACUUGAUGUGACUACAAGAUAGGUAUUUUUGAAUCUUUUACUGACACCACUUGAAUUGCAUUGAAGAACUAUUGGAUGGUGGAUAAAAUAUCCGUUUUUUCGUAUUUGAAGAGUUUAUCAAUAAUAUUCCGUUAAUUCAUCUGUUGCAACGGUAUUAUAUAUGUAUAAUAAUUCGUAACGAAUGAAUACAUAUACAACUGAAAAACCAUUUUGAGCCAAGUGCGGGACGCAGGCUCAACGAAAGAUAAAUGUAUCAGAAAAUUUCUUAAGUUACUUCUUAAUAUAUGACUAUUUUAAAUAAUGUAUAUUAACUACUACACUAUGAUGACUGUAUUUUUUAAUAUACUAAAGUAAAAAACAAGUAAUAAUUUAUAUGUUAUCGAGCAAUUAUUAUCAAUUAAUGCGAAACAUACAACAACAAAAAAUUAUCUAUUAAAAAGUAAUUUGUUUUCUUUUUGAUACUAGAAAAUCUGAAAUUUAAAUUGAUCAAGUUCUAUUGAACAAAAUGACUAGCAAUGUAUUACUCAAAAAAAAAUUAAUGAAAUUAAAUUAUCAAUUAGCAAUAUUAUCCGAUGUGUGCAGAAAUAAUUAAACAUACUAUCAUCUACCAUACUGUUCAUAUGGAGUAACGAGAAGUUCAUUAUGAAAAUUAGAAAAAUGAAUUUAUUUUACAUGUAAACUAUGUUCAAUUUAUUUAUGAAAUAGUUUAUAUACUUUUGUUAUAAAAUAAUUUUGAUUAUAGUUCAUUCGUGUGAGUGUAUUUCAAAAUACGUGAUAUGUAAAAAAAAAAAAAUUAAAAUAUUACAAUAAUGACGCAUUGAAGUGAGUAAUACGUAAUUUUAAUCAAAAGAAUAUACAUGUAUUUUGUAUAGAAGAAAAUUGUUAAAAUAUUUCACUUAAAUACAGUAAAGUUAUAUUGUUUGAUAUGAGCAUUUUUAGGUACAUUAAGUUUGAAAAAUAUGCUCCACUUGAAUAGUGAAUUAGAUUACGCAAAAAAUAUUUAAUACUGUACAAUAUAUGUAUUUAAAUUAAAAAAAAAAAAACAGUGGGAUGCAUGGAAAAAAUGAUUAGCGAGAAGUGUGUAUAGCAUAAUCGGUAUAUUCGAAAUAUGACUUAAAAAUUCUUAAUUGAAAAUUUCAUAUGCUUGAAACGAAAAAAUACGAAAUUUUAGUAUUCGAUAUUUAUAUAAAAUGAUAAUGCAAAUUCUAAGUUUAGAUAAAGUGUAAGUUUACUAAAAUUUAUCAAUUACGGAACGAAAUAUUAAAUAAGUGUUGCGUAAAGGUACAGAAGAAUUUAGAUUAUUUUGUAGAACAGUGUAGAUAAGUUAAUAUUACAUGCGUAUGUACAGUAUAAAGGAAAAACUUAGAAAGAAAGAAAACGGCAACGUUAUUGUGCGAUACAAAGUACAAUUCGCCUUGAUUAUACAAGUACAAAUUAAGAAUUGCUCCUUAGUCAGUUCGUAAUAUAAACAACAAUGCAUCUAACACGUUAUAAUGUACCACAAUAUUGCUUCCUAUGGCUGUGAUUACUGAGUCAUUUGAUGUUGACUUUAAGAGGGAGUAAUAUCAUAUGAAAACUCAUACUUCACGCCAUAUUUAUUUAUUAUUGUUCAUCGUUAUCUAUAUAUCAUUAUUUGACGUCACAAAAUAUCACUAAUUAUUAUGUGCGCAAAAAUAUAUACUCUUUAUAUGAAUAUUUUUUGUAGUAGAAUUUUUUUUGAAACGAAAACAAAAAUAUUUAAAUUAUUUUUAUGGUGCGGAAAUGUGAUUUUGACGAGAAAAAUUUUGUAAUAAGAUUUGGCAGGUACAUUAAUUUAUCCAUCUAAAUAUAUUAUACAUAUACAUAUUAUAUGUAUAAAGUGUUAAUGUACCGAAUAAAUAGUAUGUGUUCAUAUGAUGUCCGGUGUUUAAUGAGUAUGUACAUCUUGUGUUUAUAGUACACUUUUAAUCUUAAUUAUCGCGCAAAAUUAAAUUGUAUAUUCUUUUUAAUUAUUUAAAUAAAUACUCACUUUGUAUAAAGCAAAAAGUAAUAUCAGCCGCCCAAUUUUUAUUAUCUCCAAAAUUAAAUUUUACAUAUAUUUGUGGAGAUCGUAAUAAUCAACUGAUUUUCACGAACUAUUUAUCUGAAAAAUUAAUGGACAAAUUAUUCAUAUAUUUUCUUCAAAUCAAUGUUCAUAAUACAUAACAUCAUUUAUCUGUUAAAUUUACUAAUUUUUUUUCUAUCAGUUUGUAUGUAAAAUAAUGCUCCCACUGAUAUUGCGUAAGUUAAUGUUAGCGCACUAAAAGGUAAUUGAAUUGCAGUAAAACGUAUUACAUGUAAUAAUAAUGUAAAUAAAAUAAUUCUGUACAAUAUAAAAAAAACUCAUGAAAAUA